ACUAGAGGCAGAAGAAAACACAAACCAGAGAUUUGUACCAAAAAAUUGAAAGAACUCUUCUCUUUCUUUUCAUCUCUUCUUCAACCAUGAAGGAAUCAACAACAAAGUCAAAGUAGUAAUCUCAGUUAUGGAAACUCAGCGCCUUAGAAAUUAAUGGAUACGUCUAAUAAUUCCUCGUCUCUUCGAGUUCUAAUUCGUCCUUCACCUUCAACUAAUACCACCAUUGCUACUAAUUCAACAAUCUCAUCAGACAUACCCACUUCCUUUACUUCAUCUCCACUUCCUCUUCCUACAAACUCUUCUUCUACAGAUGGUGUUGUUGUUGUAGGGUUUAUUGGAAAGAAAGAAGAAGACUUAUCUCAAUUAAUUAAUCGUAUUGUUGAUUAUAACGUAUUUGGAUCAGGUAAUUUAGGUCUUAAAUUCCCAAUUCAUAAUCGAGAAGAAGAAGAGAAAGUUAAGAAUUGGUUUCACUCUCGAAGUAUUAGUUAUUACUAUGAUGAAGAGAGGGGCAUUGUAUUUUUACGAUUUGUUUCCAAUAUUUGUCCGGAAGAUGAAUUUCCAGAGUCUUCAAUGGGCUUGGAUUCGGGUUUUGAACAACAUCAAUAUGAGGAUCUUCAAGGAAUGCUUCUUAUGUUCUCUGUAUGUCAUGUAAUCAUAUAUCUUCAAGAGGGUUCACGUUUCCAUACACAAACACUGAAAACAUUACGAUUACUACAAGCUGCAAAACAUGCUCCAGUUCCAUUUAUGAAAUCACAAUUUAAACCUACCUUGAGUUCUAGAGUUUCUAGCUCAUCAUCUACGUCACACACAACAAUGUUUUCACCAAACCCACGGAAUGAUUCUUCUCAUGGUCGUAUGUCGCUCAUGUCGGGUUUGGGAUCGUAUUCGUCAUUUUUUCCAGGGCAAUGCACACCUGUAGUCUUGUUUGUAUUUCUCGAUGAUUUUCCUGAGGGUCCUAACAACACUGGGUAUAUUGUAGAAGAUUCUGCUGAGGCCUCAAUGUCGAAUCCGUCUCUUAAUUUAGGUGGGUUACCUAGACCAAACUUGCCUGUGAAAAGUUCUACCUCAGUUGUUAUGUUAUCGCGUCCGAUGAGUAAACCUGAAGGUACUUUCAGGAAGAAAUUACAAUCAUCUCUUGAAGCACAAAUACGAUUUUUGAUUAAGAAAUGCCGCAUCCUGUCAGGUUCUGAGGGGAACCAUGCUGGGUCAAGAGGUGGGGGUAACCCCAGUUCAACGCCUUUGUUUUCCUUGGAGGCUUCUAGAGCAGUUGCUCUUUUAGAUAGAUUUACCAAUCAAAGAGGUGAAUCAUUGAAUUUUGCAACUGCUCUUGUGGAAGAAGUUUUGAAUGUCAAGCUAGCCUCAGAUAGUCUUUUGCUUGAAAGUCAUUACCAAGCUACAGUUAAAGAAGAUAUUCAGUGCAUAAAAGAGUUUAUUUAUAAGCAGUCUGAUACCCUAAGAGGAAGAGGUGGGUUGGUGAGUAACUCCAGUAGUGGCUCAGCUUCCGGGGCUGGUAUGGUUGCUGUUGCCGCAGCAGCUGCUGCCGCUUCUGCUGCAUCUGGUAAACCAGCCACAACUCCUGUGCUUCCGAGUUUGGAAAACUGGCUAUCUUCCAGUCAACUUAUUUUGGAGGCAUUGAUCUCAGUGAGAUGUGGGAUUCCAGAUGAAAGCGAAAGUAUCCAAAUCAUUAAAAGCAAACCUGUGCUCAGAAAUGGCGGUUCAACUCAGGUUGAAAGAAUUCCUCCUGCGAGAACAGGGAUAGACCCUGUACAGAGUGCUAUAUCGUUGUUGGAAAGUGGUAAAGGCCUGAACAUCAAAUUCUCAACUUCAUGGUGUCAGAGAGCCCUUCCUGCUGCUAAGGAGCUUUACCUCAAAGACUUACCUGCCUGUUAUCCAACUUCAGUUCACGAGGUACAUUUAAACAAGGCUUUGCAUGCUUUUCACUCAAAGGUGAUGGGGCCUGCUGUGCAUAUUUACGCAAAGAAAUUGCGAGAUGAAUGCAUGACCAUUUGGAGUUCUGGAAGGCAACUAUGUGAUGCUAUAAGUUUGACUGGAAGACCAUGUAUGCACCAAAGACACAAUAUCGAGACUGAUGGAAAACUUGCAGAAACUUCGGUCAAGCCACAUUCUAGUGGAUUUGUAUUCCUCCAUGCAUGUGCUUGUGGCCGUUCAAGGCGGCCUCGAGAUGAUCCAUUUGAUUUCGAAACUGCAAAUGUUACUUUCAAUAGUUUUCCAAACUGUCAUAAUCUUCUUCCAGCACUCCAACUACCUCAGCUAAGUGAUACGGGUCCAAUAAAGCCUAGCUCAUGGAGUCUUAUUCGAGUUGGAGGAUCAAGGUAUUAUGAACCUUCCAAGGGGUUGAUUCAGAGCGGGUUCUGCUCUACUGAGAAAUUUCUUUUGAAGUGGACGAUUAUGCUUGAGAAACCACUAAAAGCAAGUAAUUCAGCAGAGGAAGCAGUCCGAGGAGGACCUAUUGAGGAUCCUAAGCUUAAGUCAGUCGUAGAUGAAGGAACAAAGCAGGUAGGAGACGUUGAAAAUCAAAGGUCUGAGAAAAUUUCUUCUCUUGAUAAAAAGAUAGGUUCUGAUAGAGGCAUCCCACGUUUUAACAUGAGAAGACCUUUUUCUGAGGUUGUUGCUGGAUCAGUUGCUACAGAUGCGGCAUUUCCUCCUCUUCAGCAGAGAAAACAGCCGACAACUAGUUCAGAAAAGAGUGUUAAACAAAGGGUUCCGAGAAAUAGAGGCGAGGAAAAUGCUCAAGUAACUGGGGAGCACCAAGGAUCUCAAGUAUCUGAAGGUUUGCCUUCUUUUAGUGACAUCUCAGGUAGGGUUGGGGCUAGUGGGUAUCCAGAUGGUGAACCUUCGUUACAGAUAGGAAGCAAUGUAGUUCCAAUUAGCAUGGUUGGUGGUGGAAUGAUCAAACCAAGCACUACUUCAAAGCAUGCAAAUGUGUAUUUUGGAUUUGAGCAUGAGUGUCCCCAAGGCCAUCGUUUCUUAUUGACAUCAAAGCAUCUUAACGAGCUUGGUUCCUUCUAUUCAUUGGCUGAAGAAUCUCGCACCCAAUCUGUUGACGGCUCGGAGCGAAAAUCAGAAUCAUCAAACUCUAAGAAAUUUGCACAUGACAAAGCUCAUUCACACGCAUCCGCUUCUAUGCACAAGGUGAGGACUUCAAGUAGGUCUAACCAGAGAGCGGCUAACGGUAGCCAACAUUUGGAUAGAGUAGUACUGUUCUCCGAACCAGGAAAAGAACAUAGUAAGUUCUCUGUCGGAAAGACACACUCCGAGUCUGUUGAAGAUCUUGAAGAGAGGCCCGAGUUUUCCACUAUCGAUGAUGGUGUUCAGCCCUUUUCCCUUCUGAAUAGGAAUAUACCUAUAUAUAUGAACUGCCCACAUUGCAGGACCUCUAAAAGUAAGAAAGGCCACCACAUCAACUUCGAAAGCACAGUAUCACAGCUUCAAAGGAUUUUUCUGGUAACACCUCCAUUUCCAGUCGUUUUAGCAACAUGCCCAAGUGUACAAUUUGAGGCUUCAUGCUUGGCUGCAACUGUUCCUGACUCUGAGCGACAAUUACAGUUCAGCAUUGGGUGUCGAAUUAUCUUACCGCCAGAGAGUUUCCUCACACUGCGACUCCCAUUUGUCUAUGGUGUGCAACUAGAAAAUGGAAGGUUGCAUCCUUUUCACCACCUUGAAAAUCAACCAGAACUAACUGCAUGGAUAUCUGGAAGCACAAUUUUACAGAUUAUGUCCAAAGGAAGCAGCACAGAUGAGGAAGUUUAGGUGUGAUGAGAAAAUCUUGACUUUCCAGUUAAUCUUCUUGCUUGUUAAGUGAGUUUACAGCAUUAAAAGUCAGUCUGAACUCUGAAGUGGGAAAAUUUUGACUUCCAGUCAAUCUCUAUAUGGGUAAUCUGGAGAGGUUCAAUUAUCUUUUGUUAACUGUUAUAAUACCUCCACCCUGGUUCUGAAAUGUACCGAGUUAUCCUAUGCUGAACAUGGUUUAGUCAUCGUGCCUUGGCGGUUUCCUCACAAGAACGCUGUUGAUUCGUCGAAGGUCUGAAUAAGAGGUUGCAGAAAAGUUCCAGUAGCGGGAAUCAAGUAAAGAACCUACUAAUAAAUUUCUAGUCAAUAUGCGGUAAUAUCAAGAGUUAAUGGAAACUUGGAACCAAUUCAUAUUGCUGUGAGCCUACAUGAAUUGCCAUAAAGUCUAUUGCACGACCGUGCAUCAUAAUGCUCUAUUGAAGUGGAAGCCAAUCCAAUGAAGGAGCGGGUAUCAGUAUACAAGAAAAUGUUCUUUUGAAGUGGAAACCAACAGUGCACCAUAGGUAAAGUCGAAGUGGAAUCAGUAUACCGGUUUGUAAACAAUGAAUAUCAAGUAACCAGAAUUAAUUAUAGCAUUCACACGGUCUUAAUUUUCAUCCUAACAAGAACUUCAAUUCUCAAUGUUGGUGUAAUAAGAACUUAAUUAUGUUUGUCGACGGGCAAACCAAAAUUACUACAGAAAUUCUUUGUUUUUUCUUAAAUGGUUGGUAGACGUCCAUGUACUGUUUGGUAACUGGCAUUUCAAUUUACAGAGUUGGUCUAUGAAACAACACUUGCUCUUUAUGGAUAAAGUAAAAACGACAUAUAUGUUUUCUAGUUGGAA